AUGGUAUUUUAAUUGAGGAAGUUUUUGUUGGUCAUCAAUCUUUUAAUCUAAGUUAUCAUUAAAUUACCCAAUUAUUAAUGGUAUUGUCAAUCAUUUCGAUAGUAUAGAAUGUGUUUAUAAAUCAUAUAGAUAUGGAAAAAUUUGGCAUCAUGCAUUUUUCAAUUAUUUGGGAAGAACACCAGAAAACCACCCAGCUCUUUUGACUGAAGCUACAAUGAAUCCAAAGGCCAACAGAGAAAAGAUGACAUAAAUCUUAUUCAAUGUACCAUCAUUCUACGUAGCGAUUCCAGCUGUGCUUUCGAUCUAUGCUUACGGAAGAACAACAGGUAUUGUAGUAGAUUCUGGACAUGGUGUCUCUCAAACAGUUCCAAUCUAUGAAGGUACCACACUUCAUCAUUCUAGUCUCAGAAUUAACUUGGCAGGAAAGGCCAAUACUGAAUACCUGGUUUAACUCAUGAGUGAAUCUAAUCUUUUGAUCCCAUCUUUAGUUGCUGAAGACAUAAAAGAGAAUAUGUGCUAUUUUGCGCUUGACAAUGAAGAUGAAAUGACCAAAUAUUAAGACAGACCCUAUAAAUUGCCAGAUGGAAAUGUCGUUGUCAUCUAAAAUCAAAUAUUCAGAUGCCCUGAAUUACUCCUCAAACUAAGCAUCAUUGGUCUUGAUGUCCCAGGUAUUCAUGAAUUAACAUUCAAAUCAAUUAUGAAUUGCGAUAUUGAUAUCAGAAUGGAUUUGUAAGAAUGUUGAAUUUAUUUCUUAGUUAUUAAAACAUUAUUUUAUCAGGAGGUAAUACACUCUUUCCUGGACUUCCAGAAAGAUUGGGCAAAGAAUUAUCAUCACUUAGUUCACAAAAUUUUUAAAUAUAAAUUUUUUAACCUAGUAAAGAAUUGUCACCUUUGAUUGGCGGAUCAAUCUUUGCCUAAUUGCUAUCGUCCUCAUCUGGCUGGAUUACAAGGUCAGAAUACGAUGAAUAGGGACCAUCUAUCGUUCACAGGAAAUUUUUUUGA